AUGGUACAGGAGGAAGGCGUGUUCGAGUAUCUGCGCAACAGUCACUUGGAAGCUCUGCAGAUCUUUGUUGUCCAAGACAACGCCAAUACUCAGACUCCAAUCGAGACAUACAGCUUUGCAUUCCAGUAUAAGGACGGACGACCAGACACCAUUCACUUUGGAACUAACAAACAAACAUUCUUAACCACCCAAAUCCACCAGGGAUUGAAGGUUGCGAUACGCAAUUUACUGAGCUCCCUCAAGGGCCUCCCUCGUCUGCCAGCUCGCAUCAAGUUGGGCAUGAGUCUCGCCUACACUCAAGCCUGGCCCCUCUUGUACCAACCUAAACACUUUACAGAUGCCGAACAAGACAAACCUUUAGGCGGAAGGCCGAUAUUGGAUCUCCUGUGGGAUGACGGUGAUCAUUCUGGCGGGAAUAUGGAGACAAGUCACCAUCAUGUCCACACAGAGAUUCGCUCGUUGGCGCCUCCAUCAUUAUCAUCCGGUGUGCAAGACGUUGCCAUGAGCAAAUACCUGAGGACUAUGCAAAGAACUUCGUCGCCCCAUAGGGACAGCAUCCCAUCCACAUUGCAAGAGUCACGAUCUAGCCGUCCAAUUCAUCCGCUGAUGUCCACCAGGAAAUAAAAC